AUGACAAUCGGAGACCGCAUCAAGUUCAUACCAGCUCACGCCGGAGAUAAUGUUCUACCAAAUCUGCCAUUCUUUCAUCGACUUUUGCGAUAUGCACAACGCAAUCCUUCACCCAUCGCGAUUCGAGACUUGAACACCGGCUUUGAAAAAACUUAUCAACACCUUCUUUCGGAUGUCUUGUCUUUUCGCAAGGUGUUGGGAAACUCGCUGAGUGAUGAAGCUCGACAGAACCUUGCUGCUGACAAGGAAGUAUAUAUCGGAUUACUUGCCCCAGGAGGGUAUGAAUAUACCGUCGGGUUCAUUGCCAUCCUUGCAAUCGGCGCGGCAGUGGUUCCUAUGGCUGCCACAAUUCCAGCAGAGGAAGCGUCAUAUUUUCUAUCAAAAGCAAAAUGUGUGGCUUUGGUAGCAAGCACUACAAGCGAACAAACAGCGCAGUCAGUGAUACGCUUUAUGAGCGAUAGUAGGGCAGUGCAUAUCCCCUGCAUAUCUCCAAUUGCAUCGUAUCUUCGGCCCACGCUUCUCCCGGCAGGCGAAGCGACUAUCUCAUCUGACUUGGUCCCGGAUAUGAAUGGAGCUGCGUUGGUCAUCUUUACUUCCGGCACGACAGGUCCUCCCAAGGGUGCUGUCCAGCGCCGCAGUUAUAUAGCCGGUAGUGGGGAAGCCGAUGCCGAGCAUUACAAGAUCACGGAUAAAGAUACUGUACUCCACGUUCUUCCAGUACACCACGCCUCCGGUGUAGGAUUGACUUUUCUCCCGUUUCUCACAGCUGGCGCGUGUAUUGAGUUCCGAAGCGGAAGCUUCGACUCGGCUUGGACAUGGGAGCGUUGGCGACAGGGAGGCUUAACAUUUUUCUCUGCUGUCCCAACCAUAUACAUGCGGAUGAUGCGGUACUUUGAAGAGAAUAUUGCUCAUCAGACGCCUGAAGUCCGAGAAGAAUAUGUUGCUGGAGCGCGCGAGAUUAGGGCCAUGUUGUGCGGUACUUCAGCACUGCCGGGACCUGUCCAACAGUUUUGGCAUGAAAUCAGAAGCAAACCGAUCCUGACUCGAUACGGAGCCACUGAGUUUGGUGCGGUUAUCAAAACUGAUCUUGACUCUGAUGGAUCCCCACAAAAUAGUGUUGGGCGUGUUGCUGAGGCGGUUUCACUUAAGCUCGCGGAGGAUGGCCAGCUUUUGGUGAAGUGUCCUUAUAUGUUCUCCAAGUAUCUUUUCGACGAGAAAGCCACUGCGGAUGCACAUGACUCCGAAGGUUAUUUCAAGUCGGGCGAUAUUGCUCGUCGGGAUGGGAAGUAUUACUUCAUUCUCGGUCGUGCAUCUAUCGAUAUUAUCAAGUCGGGUGGAUACAAAAUUUCAGCUUUGGAUAUCGAGCGAGAGAUCUUGGGCUUAGACUAUGUCUCGGAGGUGAUGGUUGUUGGAGUUGAAGAUGAGGAGUUUGGACAAAGAGUCGCUGCUACUGUCAGCCUCAAGCGAGAUCAAAAGGCGAGACUUGAGAAUCUCACAAUUUCUAAGCUAAGACGAGACCUGCGGAGCAAGAUAGAUGGGUACAAAAUGCCGACUAUCCUUCGUGUGAUACAGGGUGAGCUACCCAAAUCGGGAACUGGCAAAGUACAAAAGAAAAUAUUGGGGCCGCAAUUCUUUCCACCCAACUACCGAGAGCUGCCUGAAGUUCAAGUAUGGAACAAGCGGAAGCAGGCGAGGCUGUAG